CUCCCACGCAAAGAAGGCCAGGCUAAAAGAUUAUGAUCUUACUCUUCUUCUAAAAAGAUGCCCAUUCAUCUUCGCCAUCAUGUUUUCGCUAAAGAGCGUCUCGUGGCGUUCAGUGAUGCUGUUUUUGCCAUAAUAGCAACCAUAAUGGUCAUUCCUCUAAAAAUUCCUGAAUUUGUAACAGAUGGAGCGAAUUUCAACUUAGAGGAUUACAUCAUAAAUAGUGACUUUGCUUUGCAGGUUGCUAUAUAUUAUCUUGCCUUUUAUCUUGUGUGGGACGCAUGGCUGUCGCACUGCAGGGUAUUUCACAUCCUUGAGCACGUUGAUGACUUUGUCACUUUCUUGAAUUUGGUAGCAUUGCUUUUUAUCAGUCUCCUCCCAGCUUCUAUCAGUUUGGUUAGCAGCUACCCUGAAGACAGUCUGGCCUUGACUAUAGCAUUUCUUAAUAUCCUGCUGAUUAGCAUUGCAAUGUUCUUUUUAGUAUUCUUUGCUGUUCGGCAGACACAAAUGCUUGAUUCACUUAUUGUUGAGGCCGUAAAAGUGAGAACUCUGAAGUGGACAUUGUAUGCACCUCUUUUAAUUAAUCCUCUUAUUGCUUUGCUGGCUAUUAUAUUUGCCUGGGGAGUUACGGAUCAACCUAAAAUUGGUAUCAUUACAUUGUUCAUGAUUAUUCCAUUUAAUUUCCUUGCAAGAUUCAUUUUGAAAAAAAUUCAAGUGAGAUAUUUGAGGAAAAGAGUUAUCUAUUUAACAAAUGAGGAUGAGGGAAUAUUUUGUUUGAUCAAUAACUUUGUCUCGAAAGAAAGAACAUUAGCUUUAAGUGAUGGAGUCUUUUCAAUCAUUGGAACACUGAUAGUCCUGGAUCUAACAGCAGAUAUUUAUAAAAAGGAAGGAAAAGCAACCGAAGCCACUGACUUCCUUAAGGAAGAACAGUAUGCUUUCUAUUCUUAUUUUUCUAGUUUCAUGAUUGCUGGCUUAUUGUGGUUUAUUCAUCACAGUAUGUUCAGUUUGAUAUCUGCAGUCAAUAGUUAUAUUACAAUCUUCAAUGGUUUGAGUCUAAUGUUUUUGGGUUUGAUACCUUUUGGGGCAGGAGUAGCAUCAAGCUUUAUUGAUGGAACUAACACAAACAAUGAGAUCACAUCAGUUAGGAUUAUGGUUGCCCUUAUUAUACUGGCUUCACUCUCACAACUUGCCCUUUGGUCUGUAGCUCAUUGUGAGAAAUCAAAGUGUCUCUCUAAUGAGGUUAAUAGUCACAUGAUAGAGUUUAUACAGUUAUGGAAACUUCUCAUCUUUCCUUUUACUGGGUUACUGGUAUAUUUAGUAUCUUUUUCAUCUGGUGUCACACUCAAUCAUUUCUAUACAUAUUUUACAUUUGCUGUGCCAGUUCUCUUUAUUCUACCAAGGGCAAUGCUGUUUCUUAUGACUAGAAUUAAAUGUUUUACCACUAAAGCGAGUGAAGAAAGGCCUGUCUCAGCAGUAUCUGAUCUCAGAUAUUCAAGGAUUCAGAUACAAAACGAACCAGCUGAUACAACUGGUCUCAUUUAUAAUCAACACGAUAAUAACUACCUCACAACGGAUACAUUCAAAAAAUUACCAGGAUCUACAACUUCUGUUGAUGGGGGGACAAUCACUGAAGAGACCAAUUAAAGCAUAGGUAAAUAACAAUUUCAUUUAUUUGUGUGUGUGAUUUUUACAGCAUGAUUUAGCUUUUUUUGUUGCUGUCAUUAAAGAACUGUUAAAUUUAAUCAAAUUUUCAAUUAA